CUGGAUGAGGCCUGUCAACAGCAGCAGCUCUGCUCGCUCCUUGCAAAGGUCCUUGAGCUUCAAUGCUGGCAUACCGGCUGCGAGCCGCCUGUGGACGAGGUCGUCUCCCCUUCCCUCGGCAAUGGGCUUGAGGUUCGUCUCAGUUCAGGCAGCUGAGCUCCGCAAGGGCGAGGUGUUCGAGUUCAAGGGGAGCAAAUGCACUGUUAUCAAGCUGUCGAAUCAAAUCAACAACCGCAAGGCGUUCGUCAUCGUUGAGUUUCGGGACUUGAAGUCGAAGAGCAAGAGGACGGAGACUUUCCGAGCGGAGGAGAAGCUGGAGAAAUGUUUCGUCGAGAAGAAAGAGCUGACAUACUUGUACUCGGACAACAAGCAGCUUUACCUUCAGGACCCGAGCACGUUCGAGGGCAUUGAAGUCCCGGAGAGCAUCAUUGCCGAGCAUCAGUUGGCUUACUUGAACGAGGGAGAUAAUGUCAAGUUGAUCCUCGUGAACGAAGAACCGCUCCUGCUCGAGCUCCCUGCCAAGGCUCUCUGUGAGGUUGAGAGAGUAGAUGGAAAGAACGCAGUGUUGACCAACGGGAGGACGAUUGCUGUGCCGUCCUACGUCAACGUCGGGACUCGUGUCUUCGUGUCUACGGAGACAGAAGAGUUUCUAGGGAGAGACUGAGAGAGUUGAAAGGAGGAUCAGUGAGAAUAACUGUCUUAGAUUGAAAGUUGCAGCAUGUUGGAAUACAUUUAUCAAGCUGCCAAGCUUGCAGAACUUUCG